AUCACGAAAAAAAAAUUACAAGAUAAAAAUUGUUCAAAAUUAACGCAGAUAAAAAUAGUAUUUGGCUUUACUUUGGGACGUAAAUUUUGAAGAUGGCUGAUCAACAAUUAGAUCAAGAAUUUCAUUGUAAUCUACAUAGGCUUGACGAAAUAAUUAGGAAAUGUAACUAUCGUGAAAAAAUCAUUGCCACGGAAUGGAUCAGUAAACUAAGAGCGACCUCAAAUAGCACAGAUGAGAGGAAGCUUAGAAACAUGUUUCUGGAACAUUUCAUAAAAUGUUGUGAUGGCACUUUGUUUAGUAAACCUCCAUUUAAUAAAAAUUUGCUUGUGUCAGCUAAAUUAGUUGACUACGCGUAUUAUUUGCCCCAACUUGCUAAACUUGGUAAAGUGGAGAAAACAUCUAGUCCGUGGGAAGUGACUAUGAAGAGUGUAAGUGAAAUGUUUACAAUAAGUGCAGAAUUCUCGGAUUUCUUGUCGUAUAUGCCAGUACCUAGGGACGGCGCCAUAUUUAUUAUGAAUAUUAAGAGAAAAUGUAAUUAGUUAAUAUUUGCGGUUUCCUAGAAUGGAUUACUAUUGACAUCGUUCAGCAGACCACAAUGGUUAAUUUCAAAGUUUUACGUCCUGUUAAAAUUAUCGUACAUCUUUUGGCAUGAAUUUAAAAGCUUUAAUUGCAAUAAUAAAUAAUUAAUACGCAA